AUGUCAGAGUCCUUGAACACUUGUAGCAAGCCCAGACUAGUUCAUCUGGUGGUCUUAGUCCACGGGCUUUGGGGGAACAGAAAUCAUUUUGAUCAUAUUCGCAGUACCCUGGAGACCGAGUUUGAACGGCGCCAAUCAGUCGAAUCCAGUCGCUGCACCGAGGAGCUGGUGGUCUAUACGACCCAUCUUAACGAAGGCUACAAGACCUAUGACGGGAUAGAUGUCUGUGGGGUCAGAGUGGCCGGCGAAGUAGAGGAGCAAAUCACUCAAUUGGGCACGGUGGCUAAGUUUUCUAUCUGCGGAUAUUCGUUAGGAGGACUUAUAGCGAGGUAUGCACUGGGGGUUCUGUACAAGAAACAAAUUUUUAAGAAACAGGAGAUCGAACUUGUCAACUUCACAACUUUUUGUACGCCUCAUGCUGGUGUAUAUGCGCCAGGUAAGAAUUUUGCUGUGAACUUGUUCAACACCGUUGUACCCUUAGUCCUGGGAAAUACUGGCAAACAGAUGUUUCUCAAGGAUAGAGGACGAUUUUCCAACAAUCUACCUCUUGUCUUGUCUAUGAGUUUGGAUAAUUCCGUUUUCUACAAGGCACUACAGGAGUUUAAAAACAUGUCUUUAUACGCAAAUGUCAUUAAUGAUAAGCGUACCGCCUGGUGGACGGCAGGCAUUUCGAGGAAUGAUCCCUUUUUCGAGGUCGACAACAGAAACGGGGAACAUCGCUUUAGCUACGUAAAGGGGUACGCUCCGACGAUUGUGGACACAUCCAGGUCUAUCAAAAUCACCAAGAUCGAGGACUACAACGAUAAAAUCGAGGAGGAGAAACAAAUACACCCUCACCCUAACGCCAAAGUGGACCCUCGUGAGUUUUACUUCAUCAACUAUUGGAUUGCCAAGCUUUGUCGCUGGUUCAUGGUCUUUGUGAACUUGGUGUUGAUUGCACCUAUGUGGGUUAUCUGGUUUAUAAUUUCAGGAAUUAUGGAGACAAUAAAGUCCACAACUAGAGCAACCCGCUUUGUGAGAGGAUAUUCCCACCAUUUUAUAAGCGAGAUCUACGACUGCGGCUCUGAGGAGCCAGGGUCUGACGAUGCCAUCGAAUAUCCUUCCGAUGUGCCAAAUGAAUACGAGCUUCAGAUACAGCAGUCACUCAACGACCAAACCGAAACCUUCAUUGAAAGUGUGUUCAGCGCAAUCGAGAGAAAGAAUACGCUCUCUGCGGUGAUUGACGAGACAGAAUCCGGUGACAUCACCGACACCGAAGACAGUUUCCCUGUUGUGAGGACCACGAUGAAAGAGUUAGAAUCUCUUUCCAUUGAGGAGAUCAAGGAACGUCGUCCACACGCAGGUCAUAUGGGCGACUUGCCUUCUCUCGAAAAUUUGCAUCUAGAUCUGACCCCGCAGCAGCUGCAGAUCAUCCAGUCCCUCAACAAGUUUGCUUGGAAGAAAUUUCCUGUCUAUAUUCGCGAAACGAUGAGCACUCACGCAUGUGCAAUAGUCCGACACGACGAUCCACACUUCGAAGAAGGCAAAGUAGUGGUUAGGCACUGGGUCACUGAGGUUUUUGAGUUUUGA